UAGUUGAUUGUUGUGAUUGAUAUGUUCAUAUAAAUAUCAUAAUUAUAUUUAUAUAAGUCUAUUUGUGACAAAAAUUAAUUAUGACAUCACAUUUUAUUAGAAUAGUAAAUUUUAAAUGUUUUCAUGUAUUUAAAUUGUGUUCAUAAACAACCGCGUCUGUCAAAUCUCAAGUUAAUGUUGUGAAAACUCGUGUAUUUAUUUUAUAGGUUAUAUUACGCGGGACAAAUGUUUAAAUUUUCAAAUAUGCCCGUGACUAUUUGUUACUUAAAUUGCACACGAAUAUUUAUUAGAAGUAAAUCUAAAUAUUUAUCAAAAGCUGAAGUGAUAAAACGUUUGAUGAAAGAACGAACGAAAUCAUUUGGUCCAUUGUUAGAAAAUAGUAAACAGAAAAAAAACAGAUUAAAAUCAAUUGAAUUAAAUAUAAAAGUUGAAUCAACACCAACAAAUAAUAAUAAUACUUUAAAUUUAAAAAAUUCGGAAUUUUUAUGGACAAUCAAUAGCACAAAUAAUGGAAAUUUGAAACUUAUUAAGACAGGUGGAAAAGAAAAAUCAAAACAAGUAUUAUCACAUACAAAAUAUAAGAAUAAUGAUGAUAACAACAAUAAUAAUGAUAAUCAUAAUAAUAAUUUAUCAUCAGAUUUAAUUGUAAGCAAUGAUAAAAAUGAAAAUCGUGAAAAAACUUUACCUGAAAAUAAAUAUAAUAAAAAUGAUAAUCGAAAUCAAUUAUACGAUUCUGUUCAAUUAAAUGAAGAUGAUUAUUUAUCAUCGAAUAAAUUGAUAAAACCUGAAGUUAAUAUAAAAAAUAGUUUAAACUUUGAAAUAACAAAUUUCCCAUUAAUCAAAACUCCUAAGGAUGAUCAAGACUAUUGGAAAAUUUCUGAAAUUAUAACCCAACCAUUGAUAGAAUCAAAAAACUUUUCUUUGCCUGGUGUAACUAAAAUUUUAAGUGCAACUAUGUCUGAUGAAGCUAAAUUGAUGUUAGAAAACUGGAAAAAGAAAAUGAUUUUGGAAUUAGGUGUUGAAGGGUUCGAAAAAUAUAAUCGAGAUUUAUUGAAUGACAGUAAAAUAAUGCAUUCAUUAAUUGGAAAUACUUUAAUGAAAGAGCAAGUUGACGUACCUGAUCAUUUAAAACCAACCUACAGUAGUAUAAAAUUAAUAUUGAAAGAUGUAACUGAUGUACGAUUGAUAGAGUCGCAUGUUGUUCAUCCGACUCUUGGAUACCGUGGGAUUGUUGACUGCGUUGCCUGUUAUAGAGGUAAUUUAUGUCUUAUCGAUUGGAAAAAGUCUGAGAAAAUAAAAACAUUGAGUUCAAUUUACGAUUCACCUUUGCAGCUGAGCGCUUACAUUGGUGCAUUAAAUAGCGACCCGAAUUAUCCAUUCAAGGUGAAAACUGGCGUUUUGGCAAUUGCUUAUGUUGAUGGGCAGCCGCCUUCAGUAUUUGAAUUUACCGCUUCUAAACUUGAAUUUUAUUGGAAAGAAUGGUUGAAAAGAGUUGAAAAAUAUUAUUCUACCUAAUUCACACAGUUUCUCUUUAAAUAAUUGUACCAUAAUAUAAAAUACGAUUUAAGUUAAACGUUUUUAUAUCUAUAUACAUGUAUAUAUAUCACACGAUAACUGUUUGCCUUGAAAAUAUUAAAUUUCACAUUGCUUGGAGCGCAAAUCAUUGUUAACAUCUGCUCGACGACAUACCAUAGUCUCAAGAGGGAAACUUAUUUGCGUCUUAAAGUAUACCAAUUUCCUCAGUGGAAAUUUACGAAGGCGUUACACCAAGAGUUUUUCCAUUAAGAUUAUCAAAGACAUGUAAUAAGCAAGCUUGCUCUGUAUGCUGACGAAAUACCUCAAUAAUUUUUUGUCUUAAAAAAUUUAUAAAAAAUUAUAUAAACAUAUAUAUAUUUUUUAAUCAAAUAGUCAUUUUUAACUCAACCUGUUGUGGUUGUCCUCGUUGUUGUUGUUUUCAUUUAAAUAAUUUAAAAAAAUAAAUUAGUUAAAAUACAGUGAGCAAGUAUGCGGAAUUAAAAAUAGUCUGGCGAAAAAAAAAAUAUCUAAUAACAGGGUUUAAUUCGCUGACUCACACACGGCAAUGAUAACUUUUGAUACUGUAUCCACACAGCUAGUUGUGUACAUACAUGUACAUCUUUACGUACAUACUAUACUAUCAUAGGAAACUUGUAACCCCUGGCGUUAUUCCGAGCUUCCAUAAACAUUCCAACCCUUCGUAUGCCCUUGGGAACGGUAAACUAAUGGUGAGCCAGCAGAUAGUAGUGUAGUCUUCUGCGGUUGCUGCAUCAGUCUAAGUAUAAAAUCCUCAUUCUGGUACAGCAGCGACAACAACAAAUACUAAAAUCUUCAUAAAGUUCUUUUAACAGACACUCCUAUAAAUAAAUAAGUUAAUAAAAAUUUAUUUAACA